AUGGAGGUACAAGCCGACUGGACGCCUGUUCGAAAUAAAUAUUUAAGAGCCCCAACCCAAGCUCAUGUCAAGAUUUCAGCGUCCGACGGAGGGAAAUAUAAAGUCAGGGUAAAAGAGUCAUCGUCGAAACACCGAAUCAACGCCAUAGAAGUCCCGUUGUUAUCGAUUUUGGAAGAUGCGCGAACGAGUUCGACCUUGAGAGCAAGUAAGUGCAUCGUGAACAGGGGAAUGAGGGACUACAUGACUGUGCGAAGAGACAACAACGAAAUAAAACCGCCAGCAGCCAACGAGGGCGCAUUGCAAUGCGUAAGACGCUUCUCACCGUCAACUGAGCCAGGUUACCCCAGCCAGGCGGACAAGAUGAGCGAAUUACUAUAA